AUGCCCAUUCAAACUCGCGUCACAAAACUGUUGGGUAUCGAACACCCCAUUGUCAUGGGCGGCAUGACGGGUGUCGGUACCGUCGAAUUGGCCGCCGCCGUAUCCAAUGCCGGUGGUCUCGGCAUUUUUGCCGCUCACAAUGCCGGGAGUCCCGAAGGCUGUCGGCAAUGGAUUCGUCGCAUUCGGACUUUGACAAACAAACCCUUUGGAGUCAACUUGACCAUUUUGCCCACACUGGGUCCUCCACCGCCCUACCAAGAAUACGCCCAAGUCUGUGUCGAUGAAAACGUUCCUAUUAUCGAGACGGCUGGAAGCAAUCCCAAACCGUUUAUUCGAUUCUUCCAAGCGGCCGGCAUCAUCACCAUUCACAAGUGUGUUACCAUUCGACAUGCCCUUUCGGCGGAACGCAUGGGAGUCGAUAUCAUUAGUUUGGAUGGAUUCGAAUGUGCCGGACAUCCGGGAGAAGGAGAUGUGGGCAAUUACGUAUUGCAAGCCAAGGGGGCGCUCGUCUUGAAGAAAACACCCUUCAUCUGCAGUGGUGGUGUCGGCGAUGGCAAACAAAUUGCCGCUGCAUUUGCACUGGGCGCCGAAGGUGUCAAUUGCGGUACUCGAUUUUGUGCCACGCAAGAAUGUCUCUGGCCAGAAUCGUUCAAAGAGCGCAUGCUACACGCCACGGAAGAAGAUACCGUCCUCAUGUUUCGACACCUCAAAAAUACUACGCGGGUAUUUGCCAACAAGGUGGCCAAAGAAGUGGAAGAUAUUGAAUUGCAAAAAGGAGCCAACGUGAAAUUUCAAGAUUUGGCACAUCUCGUCGCCGGCAAACGAGGACGAGCCGCCGAACAGGCUGGAGAUGCCGAUGGAGGUAUCUGGACGGCGGGACAAGUUAUUGGACUCAUUGACGAUAUCCCGACGGUCGCGCAAUUGAUGCAACGAAUGAUGGCGGAAUGUGAAGACACUAUUCGGGGACGACUGAAUAGUAUGUUGGCAGUGCCAUCGAGAUUGUAG